AUGGCCCUGGCCGUCGUCGAAUCAGCGAGGAAACUCCGCCCAUAUUUUCAGUCACAUUCGGUAGAAGUUCUCACCGACCAGCCGCUCAGAACUGUCCUACAAAACACGAACAGAGCUGGCCGUCUUACCAAAUGGGCGAUCGAACUCGGAGAGCUCGACAUCACUUAUAAGUGUAGAACCGCUGCUAAGGCUCAAGUCCUCGCUGAUUUCCUCGUGGAGUUAUCCCCGGAACUCGCUCAAGAUUUGGAAACCUCGGAUUCAACAUGGAUCCUGCAUGUCGACGGUUCCUCGACAAACAAAGGCUCUGGAGCAGGAGUUCAGCUUCAAUCCCCAUCGGGAGAACUCAUUCGACAGUCGUUCAGUUUCGGUUUCCCAGCAUCAAACAACGAAGCAGAGUAUGAGUCACUCAUCGCCGGCCUUCGCCUCGCCAAAGCAGUCAAGGCUAAGCGACUCAGUGCGUACUGCGACUCACAGCUCGUCGCCAGUCAGUUCAGCGGUGAUUACGAUGCGCGCAACGAUAGAAUGGAUGCUUACCUCCGAGUCGUACAAGCAUUGGCUAAAGAGUUCGAAUUCUUCGAGCUCACAAAGGUUCCUCGUGGAGAAAAUGUCUGUGCGGAUGCGUUAGCAGCACUCGGAAGCAAGCUACGCGAUCAAGUCAAAAGGACUAUUCCAAUCCACCGAAUCGAGAAACCAAGCAUCGACAUCUCAACGGAAUCAGCUAACUUCGUCACCACAGAACCCGAAACAACGCCCUUAUCUAAGACCAACGACGACUCCGAGAUGACAGACCAAGAUCAGCUACUACCCGACUGGAGGACUGAAUUCAUCCAAUAUCUCACCGCGGGCACACUUCCAACGGAUAAAUGGGCCGCAAGACGAUUAAAGAGGCGCAGCGCGCACUACGUCGUCAUGGAAGAAGAACUCCACCGAGUAACGGCUAACAAGGUCCUCCUGAAAUGCAUUUUUGCCGAGCAAACGCAGCUAGUAAUGGCGGAAACUCACGAAGGAGCAGGUGGAAACCAUUCUGGAGGUCGGUCACUAGCCCUGAAGAUUCGGAACUUAGGAUUUUUCUGGCCAACUAUGAAUACCGACUGCGAAGCAUAUGCCCGGCGAUGCGACAAAUGUCAACGACACGCUCCGAGUAUCCAUAGCCCAACCGAGCUACUACGAACGUCCGCAGCCCCUUACCCAUUUAUGCGAUGGGGGAUGGAUAUCAUCGGACCGAUGCCGAAUUCUCGCCAACGUCGCUUCGUGCUGGUAUUGACCGACUACUUCACCAAAUGGAUCGAAGCAGAAGCCUUCGCGCAGGUUACAGAGAAGGAAGUUCGCGGCUUUGUCUGGAAGAACAUCAUCUGUCGCCACGGUCUACCAUACGAGAUCGUGACAGACAACGGAUCACAGUUUAUGGCCGGAAAUUUUAAAGAUUUCUGCAACAAAUGGAACAUCCGACUAAGCCCUUCGACGCCGAGAUAUCCUCAAGGAAACGGACAAGCAGAAUCCUCGAACAAGAUUAUCAUCGACGGAAUCAAGAAGCGCCUUGACCUCAAAAAAGGACAUUGGCCGAUGAACUUGACGGCGUGCUCUGGUCGCACCGGACAACCCCCCGAGGAGCAACAAAAUCUACCCCUUUUUCACUCGCUUACGGGAUGGAGGCAAUGGCUCCAGCCGAGGUCAAUGUAA